AAAAUAAAGAAAAAUAAAAGAAAAGUGUGGCAAACGCUAUAAAAAUAACUCACGACUGCUUCCAUUCUAAAUUACGCGUUGACAGCCUCAAGGAGCUGCUAGAAACUAAGUAGUAGUUGAUUUGGAUCUAAACUAAAGUAUCUGGAGUUGCAGUUGCAGUUGAGGCUUAACAAAAAUCAACGUUGGCGUGCAACGACGUCCUUGACUAAGUGCGGACGGCGAAGCAGAGAGUAGAGACGACUUUCCCCCAUUUCCAGCAGCAUAAAAGAAAACUCCGACGAUGAAUUGGUCGCGCGUGCUGCUAAUCGGCCUGACCGCAUUGGCGCUGACAUUCGUGGAGAUUGCAUCACUAUCACUGGAUCCAGUUGCCUCCUCCGAAUUGGAACAAUAUAUACGUAAAGGUGAUGUUGUUAUAUCCACCAGACAUAUAAGACCUCGUCGCAAGUUACAUAUUUCCAUUGAGGCACUCUUUAUGAUCGAUUUUCCCAUGCUGAAGCAUAAAAUGUCAUUUUUCUUGGAUCGCAAGGAGCAACGGGUGACACUUGAUAUAAGUGCCAAUGGUGCUACAGAAUCGCGUAAUUUCGAAAUACCCAAUAUAAAUGAGACGAGUACUAUACGAUCGUUGGCUCUUCAGUUUUCCAAGAAUCGUAUUACAUUAUAUGUGGAUUGUAAGCCAAGUACACAUCAUGACAUAGAAAUGAGUUUAACCAAAUUAUACACACAAAUGGAUGAUCCUGUAAUUAAAUUGUUCCGUGAGCGUAAAUAUCCUCUGCACUUUGAUGCUGAUAUGGAACAUUCUUUGCAAAGAGCCAACUGCCAGAAGGGUCUACAUCGGCGGGGUAACAGACGCUUGUUGCGAAACAAGAUCACUGAACGUGAGAAGAACAAGAAACGCGACGUACGCAGCAAUUGGUAUGAUGAACCUACUCUGUCUCGGGAAGGUGCCGAUCAGCGGCAAGUGGAGGUGCCAACCGACAAUGAACGUGGUGAUAUACCCAUCAUGCAUGGCGAUUGUGAAGACGCCCUCGCACGUUCGCUGAGCGAUUUAAUAGCUUUGGUUAAGAUGCUUCGUGAAGACGUCGCCCACCAACGUCAGGAGAUUGCCUACUUGCGUUUGUUAUUGGAGAAUUGUGCCGGCUGCAAGGAGCCUCACAGCAGUGAAAAUCUUAUACGAGUGGAUUGUCGUACAGCGAAUCCUUGUUAUCCUGGCGUAGAUUGUCAUGAUUCUGCAACGGGUCCAAGGUGUGGCCGUUGUCCUGUCGGCUUUGUUGGUGACGGGAAGGCCUGCAAGCCAGGCGUCACUUGUGCCAACUUCCAAUGUUAUCCAGGCGUUCAGUGUCACGAUACUGUGAAUGGUGCACAGUGUGACUCCUGUCCAGUUGGCUAUGAUGGUGAUGGACGCACAUGUACGCUACGUAAUCCCUGCCUGGAUUCACCAUGCCCCUCAGGUAACAUUAUAGUCCCCACCCAUAACCUGCAACACUCGUAUCAGAGGCAGAGCCAGUACACGCAACGCAAAUACUCGGUCAUAACGAACUAAAGAACAAAUUGAAAAGCAGAAUCAAAUUAUAUAUAGUAUAUAAACAAUAGUCAUAAGAUGUAAGCUCUAUGAUUGGCGCUAAAACACAAAACACAAAAUACAAAACACAAAACACAAACACAAAACACAAA